GUCAGAUAAGAGAAACGUGACCACGAAUUUAAAAUGUUAAAUUUAGAGCUUACUAAACACGCAAUAAUAACUUGUUUGUGCAUCUAUAGUCCGUACUGCGCUUUAAUGUGAAGGCCUCUGUCAUCGUUGGUUUCCGAGGAGUAUUUGAACACACCACUAGCUUUCAGCAACUGUCAUGGCGUCUCCCAUGAAGGGGGCUUGGUACCCGAGACAGUAACCGCUGUCAACUCUCACUUUUCCCCCUUGUGGAGACCUCCGACCUCCGUUUAAAAAAAGGCCUGCAGCAGCGGUUAUUUAACAUGGGGACCGUCCAUGCUAAGAGUCUGGAUCCUCUCCCUAUGCAUGGCCGGGAUCUGGGUGUCAACCCUGAUGACCUGAUUGAGCCUCCAGAACAGGAGCAGGACUCCAAGCAGGAGAUCUUGGAAAACAAAGAUGUUGUCGUCCAGCAUGUCAACAUCCAGGGUCUGGGGAGAACCAAAGAGGAUCUGCUCGGCUAUGAGAUCUCUGACGUUUUCCAUGCCAAAAAUCUCAUUGAUGUGAUGAAAAAGGCUCAUGUUGCCAGACAGAGGCUCCUCCGCCUGGGGAUCUUCAAGGACGUGGAGGUUCUCAUCGAUACAUCUGAAGGUACAGAUGCUCUACCCAAUGGCUUGGAUGUAACUUUUGAGGUGACGGAGAUCAAGAGGCUGACAGGAAGUUACAACACCAUGGUUGGCAACAAUGAAGGAAGCAUGGUUCUGGGUCUGAAGCUGCCCAACAUGUUUGGUCGGGCUGAGAAGCUCACCUUCCAGUUCUCCUAUGGGACAAAGGAGACAUCGUAUGGCUUGUCCUUCUUCAAACCCCAGCCGGGAUACUUUGAACGCAAUCUCUCCCUCAACAUGUACAAAGUUACCGGCCAGUUUCCAUGGAGCUCUUUAAAAGAGACGGACAGAGGCGUGUCUGCAGAGCUUAAUUUUCCUCUUGGGAUGACCAACCACACACUGAAGUGGGAAGGUGUAUGGAGAGAGCUGGGCUGCCUGGCACGCAGCGCUUCCUUCGCCGUGCGAGAGGAGAGCGGACAUUCGCUAAAAUCGGCCCUUUCGCACACUGUGUCAAUUGAUUCAAGGAAUUCUGCCAUCUUUCCCAGCAGAGGUGCCUUAUUUCGCAUCAACCAGGAGCUGGCCGGGUACACUGGAGGAGAUGCCAGUUUUUUGAAGGAGGAUUUUGAGCUGCAGCUCAACAGACGGCUGUUUUGGGACUCUGUAUUGUCUGCUUCUCUAUGGGGUGGGAUGCUGUAUCCCAUCGGAGGGCAGCCGUCCUGCAUUGCUGACAGGUUCUACCUUGGAGGUCCCACCAGUGUACGAGGAUUUGGAAUGUACAGCAUUGGGCCACAGAGUGAAGGUGACUAUCUGGGAGGGGAGGCCUACUGGGCAGGCGGGCUACACCUCUACACCCCUCUACCAUUCCGACCUGGAAAGGGAGGCUUUGGAGAUCUUUUUAGAACGCACUUCUUUCUCAAUGCAGGCAACCUCUGCAACCUCAACUAUGGUGACGGUCCCCAGGCGCAUCUUCAGAAGCUGGCUGAGUGUAUUCGCUGGUCUUACGGAGCGGGAAUUGUGCUGCGGCUGGGAAACAUCGCCAGACUGGAGCUCAACUACUGUGUGCCAAUGGGAGUUCAGAGUGGCGACAGAAUAUGCGACGGUGUCCAGUUUGGAGCAGGGAUUCGCUUCCUGUGACCUCUCCAUCACUACCCUCACUGCUCCAGCAGACUCCGACAUAAAAAGUGAUUUGUCAUUUUUUUCCACCUGUAACUUGUUGUAGAGCAUAAAACACUAGCAUGAGUCCUAUGUUGUGAGGAAAUGAGCCUGAUCUCCCUAAAACCUUCUUUUAUAUGCACCAGCUGAGGCUGUUUGAUAACCAAGUGCCAGUGGUGGACAGCACACACACACACACACACACACACACACACACAAACAACUAAUUCCAUAUAUUUUACCAGCUAAACUGAUAAAGUCAAAAAUAGUCAUUCAAAAAUUCCAUAUUAAUAGUUUUGCUCAUUCAUUUGCAGCCUCCAUCACUGGCAUUUUGUUUAUGGGAAAAUUAUCCACGAGUAUUUUCACCCGCUGUGAUUCCUGUGGUGACACUAAGUAAACAGAUUUUCCAGAAAGUUAAAAGAUUUUGGGCAUGUUCCCCAUUUUUUUUUUUUGUUUGCCUUCAACGAAUGCUUCUCAUCCAGGACCAGGAUGUGUGAAUAAUUAUGUUUAAGAUUUUAACGGUCAGUUGUACUGUGUGAACGACCGACUGCAGCAGCUGCAAGCAAGGGGGAAUGAAGCCAGAGAAAGCAGCUCUUGGUGUAAAGAAGAAGCUGAAGAGUCGGGUUCAGUGUUUAUCUCUUCGACUGGCAGAUGAGGUGGGAACCAUCCCCUGAGCAACUUCCACCACUUGUGCUCUUACUGUUAGUCCUCUUUUUGAUGUAGUUCAAGUUAUUCACAAAUAAAUCAUAGCUGCUCCCUUGGAUUUCUCUUU